UAAUCGAUCGUAUGCAUGUGACCAAAGAAUAAUUCUUUUUUUUUGAAAUUUAAAAGAUUUUUCUAAGAUUUUUAAAUUUUAAACUAAAUUUAAUUCUGUGAUGUCAUUCUCUAAGUUAUUCUUUACAAUAUUUUUUCAUUUUUUGAUAUUUUCGACUGUCAAUUCAAUUGACGAUUCCGAUAUUUCAAUAGAUCCAAAUGGCUACUUGCUUUAUUGUCCUUGUAUGGGGCGAUUCGGUAAUCAAGCUGAACAAUUCCUAGGAACAUUACAAUUUGCCAAAUCAAUUGAUCGAACAUUAAUUUUACCACCAUUUAUUGAAUAUGUUGAUUAUAAAGUAACAUUUCAACCGUUUGAAAAUAUUUUCGAAAUCGACCAUAUCAAUGAAUAUCAUCGUGUGAUGACAAUGAAUGAUUUUUUGAAAAAAUUAUCACCAUUAAUUUGGAAACAUGAAAAUCGUAGUAUUACUUGUUAUGAUUCUAGACAUUUUUCCACCAACAACAACAAUAAAAAAGAAGGCUGUAAUCCAUUUGAAGGAAGUCCUUUUAAAGAAUUUUGGCAUCAUUUAGGUGUUCAAGAAUUUCCACUUGGUUCACUUUAUUAUAAACCAUUACAUACUGAUUAUAAUUAUGCAAAUGAUUGGAGACAAAAAUUUCGUAAUGUUACUGUAUUAGCUUUAGUUGGUGCACCAUCAUCAUUUCCAACAAAUAGUGCAGCCGUAAAAUUAUCAAAAUAUAUUUAUUUUACCAAAAAUAUUAUGGAAAAAGCAAACAAAUAUCGUAUGGACAGAGGAUUUGGACAAAAACCAUAUUUAGCCGUUCAUUUACGUCAUGGAAUUGAUUGGAUACGAGCAUGUGAACUUAUACAUUCAAAUCCUGAUUUAAAACAACUUUUUAGUUCUCAACAAUGUUUAGGUGAUAAAGAUAAACAACAUCGUUGGCUAAAUAAUCGUAUAACAUUUGAUCUUUGUUAUCCUUCAUUUGAACAAAUAAUCGACGGUAUAAAAUCAUCCAUACAAUCAUAUAACAAUCAGGAUGAAGUUAAACGAAAUGAAAAACAACCAAUCCAACAUAUUUACAUAGCAACCGAUCUAAAUAAUGAAUCAAUGUGGUUAGAUUUAAAUCAAACAUUAGCCAAACAUUUUUCAUCAUCAUCAUCAACAUUAACUUUGAUAACACCAACACUAACAUUGAAUACAAUUGAUGGAACAUUCAGUGAAUAUAAAAAACCAUCACCACAUUUUCUUAUCGAUUUAUAUCUUUUAUCACAUUCCAAUUCAUUUAUUGGUAAUUGUAUUUCAUCAUUCAGUGCAUUCAUCACUAGAUAUCGUUUAUAUCGUUUACAUUUUUUUCAUACUACACAUUUUUUUUCAUUUCAUCGACCAAAUUCUGUUCAUUUACGUGAUGAACUUUGAAAUUUUUUUUUUGUUUGUAAAUAAAUUUGUUUU